UAAUAUUUGGGCGAACAAGUGAAAAACAAUACAAAAAAAAAACAGUUUAUCUAACAAAAUGUCCGCGAGUGUUACAAAGAGCCAAGUGCUAGUUUUAUAUAAAUCGCUUUUAAAAGAAUCCCAAAAGUUUCCAAACUAUAAUUUCAGGUCAUAUGCUUUGAGAAGAAUUAGAGAUGCUUUUAAAAGUAACAAAACAAUUGGCGACAAUAAAGAAAUUCUUAAGGAAUAUGAAUAUGGAAAACAAAAUUUGGAAAUUAUAAAAAGACAGGUUGUAAUUGGAGACAUGUUCAGAACAGAGAAACUAGUAAUCGAAAAUAUUCAGUAACUUAAGCAAUAGCUUUUAAUAGUUUUACAUUAAUCACAAUAUAGAUAUAAUGAUUUAGUUAUAACUAACGUAAUAUGGCAAACUCAAAAUGCCAGUUACUCAAGUGGUUGCAUUUAAUAUUUAACAAGAAAUGUUUAUGAGCAAGUAAGUGACUUACACAUUUUUAUUUGUAGUGCAAUAGAAUCUGAAAUGAACAAAUGUUAAGUUUUUGGAUAUUAUUAUAAUAUGAACAGUAUUCUUUUUAAAUAUGCCCAUGAGUCCAUUUUUAGUUUAAAAAAAAUAUUUAGACUUAAAUGUCAGUAGUUGUAUUUUGUGAUUGUUGAAAAAUAUAUAUGUUUUGUAAUCAA